AUGAUGCUGUCCUCUUCCAGCCCCGAGGCUGCCACCAGAUUCCUCAGCUUCGUCAAUGCAUCGCCCACUCCUUUCCAUGCCGUCCACAACGCCGCUCUCCGUCUUGAGAAGGCUGGCUUUCGCAAGAUAAGAGAGAAAGACGAGUGGGAGAAGGACUUGGAGGCUGGAGGAAAGUACUACUUUACGAGGAAUCAGUCUUCGCUGCUGGCUUUCACCCUGCCGCAGAAGUGGAAGCACGGGGAAGGAGUAUCUAUAGUUGCUACUCAUGUGGACAGCCCGAACCUCCGAGUACGCCCGAUUUCCAAGCGCACGAAGGAGGGUUAUCUGCAGGUCGGGAUAGAAACCUACGGCGGGGGUAUAUGGCACUCUUGGCUGGACCGUGACCUCUCGCUUGCUGGACGGAUUAUCAUCGCAGACAAGAACGGGGGAUUCGCGUCUAAGCUGAUCCGUGUGGACCGACCUAUCCUGCGGAUGCCGACCCUCGCUAUCCACCUGGAUAGGAACGUCAACGACAGCUUCAAGUUCAACCAGGAGACUGAAUUCGUUCCGAUAUUGGGAUUGAUCGCCUCUCAGCUGAACUCCGCCAAGGAAACGGAGCCUAAGGAGGUCGGGGCUACAGCUUCGGACAUCAGCAAGAAUCACCAUCCAGCGCUACUAUCCCUUCUGGCGGAUGAGCUCUCCAUUGCCCCGGAGGACAUUCGUGACUUUGAACUUCAUUUGUAUGAUACCCAACCUUCCGUGCUCGGAGGCAUCAACAAUGAGUUCAUCUUCAGUCCCCGCAUGGAUAAUCUGGUCUCAUCAUUCUGCGCGGUGGAAGCACUCGCAGAUAUCGCAUCCUCUCAGUCCUUCCCCACGCUGGCGGGCAACGUGAACUGCAUCGCCCUCUUUAACCACGAAGAAAUCGGGAGCGUCUCCACAACUGGCGCCGAAUCCUCCCUAAUCCCGUCCCUCCUCCAUCGCCUCUCCCCCACACCCGCCCUCCUCGCGCAGUCCGUCUCGCGCUCGUUCCUCAUCUCCGCGGAUAUGGGCCACGCCGUGCACCCGAACUACAGAUCCAAGCACGAGGACAACCACACCCCGCAGAUGAACGCCGGCAUCGUGAUCAAGACGAACGCGAAGCAGCGGUAUGCGAGUGACGCCAUUGGGUCGUUCAUCGUGAAGAAGCUGGUGGAGAGGAAGGCAGGGAAGGUGCAAGAGUACGAAAUCCGGAAUGAUAUGCCAUGCGGGUCUACGGUUGGGCCUUUCUUGUCCAAGAUCGGUGUCCGCACGGUAGACGUUGGCAACGCGAUGCUUUCGAUGCACUCGAUACGCGAGACGGCGGGCUCACAUGAUGUACAGAAUGCCAUCGACCUGUUCUCUUCGUUCUUCGAAGGAUUUGCAGAAUUGGACAAGCAACUAACGGUAGACUAA